AGUAGUACCUGGUGCGAAUAUGCAAAUAUGGAUGAUUGGGGUGUAACAGUUAAAGUCUCUCGCGUAUGUACUUCCGUAUUUUCUUUCGUGCUCCAAUCCUCGUCUCUAUUUUCAAACGCCAUUCACGAACGAAACGUGUCAUUCAUUGUUCUAAACUCUCCGCCUGAGAAAACCGCGCUGGAAAUGCAUUCAAUUUGGACACUCUCGUCAGAGGAAGAUAUUCUUACACAAGUUGCAAUGACGAUGGGCAGUUGGAGUGCCUUCAGUAUGCGGUAUUUCACUGUCUACGUUGAUUUACUCUCGAAAACGGGUCCUCUUUUCGUCUUGCUAUCUCUUGGAGUCAUCUAUAUCUUGUACUACCUCUACCUCCUCAGUCGACCACUAAAUUUAAUUUCCGAUUUGACCGGGGAGAGGAGUGAUAGAUAUUUCCGACUUCCCGCAAAAAAUGAUGCGAUGGCCAAAGAGCAUUUCAGAAGUCGAUUGCAACAAGAACGAGGGUCUGGAAAACUUCCAAUAUAUCCAAACGGAUGGUUUGGUAUACUCGAAUCCUCAGAAAUUGGCCGUAACGAAGUUAAAUACGUCACAGCUUUGGGCGAGAAUUUUGCUGUUUUUCGGGGGUCAGAUGGAAAAGUACAUGUAGUCAAUGCGUGUUGCAUCCAUUUAAGAGGAGACGUGGACGUAGAAGGGACACCUAGGAACGAUUGCUUGGAAUGUCCUUCCCAUGGAUGGCAAUUCAGUGCAGAAACGGAAAACUGGAAGAAUAUCCCACGUAUCGAAAAAGGCAGGAGGAAAAAAAAAAUAUCAGGGAUCAGGAUCCAGGAUCAAGUUAAAGAAAUAGAGGACAACUGGACCAGUGACUGGCUUGUAUUUAGAAGUAGAGUACAAUAGAGUCGCUAAGUACUGAAGCGCAGAAGUCACUUUUUGAGUUUGUUUUACUGUCCAGUGCUUCUAUGAUUAGUGUGCAGCGACUGCUGAUGCCACAUGCGGAGAAUCCCAGCUCGAGGCUUCACUUGAAAAAUAUAGAUAAAAAAAGAUGUAUUUCGUACA